UUGUAAGAUUACUGCGCCCAACACUGUUGAAAUUUACAGCGAUUUCUUUGCGGGAAUUUUUUAUCUAAGUUAUGUCACAUAGCACAACCCUAACAUUGUUAACAAUGUUAUGUAGUCAUCAGCCAUUUAUUACACAAUAAAAUGCUAUAUACAACAUUUCUUUUUAGCUACUUGUUUACCGUUGGUACUUUGCAACAAGUGUCGGGACAGUAGGUACCAAAGUGUGCGAUGUUUCUCCCCGAGCAGAAAGGACAGGCGCACUGUUUCAAGUGCAAUCAACACAUUCGUGGCAGUGAACCAGCAACGGUUGGAGAUGCGUUGAGUCCAUUGGCAUAUAUGGCAAUAUAUAUAUGAGUCUAGUUACUCGUUUAACGUUACAGUAGUUAGCUGCAAAACUGUUGUGACAGCAUGUACGCGAAUAAGUUUGCUCGCUUCACGUUAGGGCUGUCCAGCCGGAGGACGGCCACUGGCUGCGGGGGGCUCCAGAGGGCGGCGGGACGAAGCGGGUUUAGCUGGACUGCGGUGUGUAAACGGCGGACACUGUGGCUGCAGAGGAGCGCCUGUCUGAACACCCAGCAAAAUACCGUGCCCUGUCACGUCAGUGCUCGGUCAGCCUCCCAAACCACAGUGGACCCCGAAGAGGUGAGGAGGUUCCAGUCUCUGGCCAGCAAGUGGUGGGACCAACAGGGAGAAUUCGCAGCUCUCCAUGCCAUGAAUGACCUGAGGGUGCCUUUCAUACGGGAUAAUCUGCUGAAUGUGCACAGAGUGCGUCACCCUGGGAAACCUCUCAGAGGACUCAGAAUACUGGAUGUCGGCUGUGGAGGAGGCCUGCUCACAGAGCCCCUAGGCCGCCUGGGAGCUAAUGUGUUGGGUAUAGAUCCAGUAGGCGACAGCAUCGGUACAGCCCAGCUGCACUCAUCCAUUGACCCGGACCUUUGUGAGCGGGUGUGCUACCGGGCCAGCACUCUCGAGGAGCUCGCAGCAGAAGAGGAUGAAGCAGAGGAGGAGCAGGGGGCGGGCCAGUUUGAUGCAGUCGUAGCCUCUGAGGUGGUGGAACAUCUGGCCGACCUGGAAACCUUCGCCUUCUGCUGCAACCAAGUGCUGAAGCUAGGCGGCUCACUCUUCAUCACUACUAUAAAUAAAACCAACCUGUCAUACGCGUUGGGUAUCGUUGUGGCCGAGCAGCUGCUGCGCAUCGUUCCCAGCGGGACGCACAACUGGGAUAAGUUCAUCAGCCCUGUAGAGCUGGAGCGCCUCCUGGAGUCCAAUGGUUUCUCAGUGCAGUCUGUCCAAGGAAUGCUGUACAACCCGGUAUCAGGAGCCUGGAGCUGGACUGACAGCACUGCCAUCAACUACGCCCUCCACGCUGUCAAAGUGAGAGACGAUCCCCACACAGAGCAGGCUGGGGGAAGCAGCACCCACCCAGAGGACCACCACACUGCAGCCACACACGUCUGAGCCAGACCACUGCAGAACGAGUCCGAAAAUGAAAUAAAAAAUGCAUUCAGAUGAGCUGCAGUUGCAGAGUCACACUCAGAAUGAGAUUGCAUUAAGCUUUUGGUUUUCUGUCAGCCUUUGCUUCACUGUGAACCAGCGGUUCAGACGAGCUGUACAAGGCAGCUGUGCAGCUUCUAAUUGUCUCACUCAGCAGAGCUAAAACCAGAGUUUAUGUUCACAAAGUCAUCAUUUUCAGUAUAUACUGUACUGAAUCUGAAUCAUUUAUGUGGAAUAUUUUGUGAUUUGCCGUAUGUAUUAAAAUUGUAAUUUCCUCGGUUGUAUUUCUGAGGAGUGAAAGUA